AUGUUCUUAGCUCGAAGCGAGGAUGCCUUCGAAAAAGACAAGCAACAUCUUUACAUGACGGACAGCAUCGAGAAGGAGGAGCAACAGAAGGGUUACGAAUAUCAAGCAAUCGAAGAGCCGGACGUUGACUUAGACGUGGAUGUGGCGUACUGGCUUAGCAGCGUCGAUAAUGUUCAAGCGGAACGGGAAGCAUGCGAGAUCCAUCCUAGCACUACUGGUGUAUUCAAUUUUGAUUCAAACGUGGCAAGGUCUCUUGGCGUUGUCACACUAUGA